GGGAGAAUCUACAGAUAAGCUCAUUGGAGAAAUCACAAGAAUCAUCAGUGGAGAGUGAUGAUAGAACCGAUCCUAAAGGGCCAUUAUCAGAAGAAGAAGAAUCAUCAGAGAGUGACGAUAGAACUGAUCCUAAAGGGCCAUUAUCAGAAGAAGAAUCAUUGGAGGAGAAAAAAAAUACAAGGUCUGAUAAUGGAAUUGUCAACACCUACCAGAGUAAUAGUUGA